AUUGGUGUCUGACGCGGCUGCUCCCGCACGUUAUUUAUUGAUUUACUCUGUCCCCCGGGGAGACCCUCCUGUCAGGAGAGCUGCGACCCGGAACUGAGGGAGGCGGGAAGCGGCGGGGCCACGGGUGGCGGGGCAGAGGGGAUGGAGACGAGGACGGUUCAGCAGCCCCCGCCCUGCUCAUCAAGCUCCGGGAGCCCCGCAGGGGCCACCCGGCAGGAGGCCAGAAGAGUGGAGGGAGACUCCAGGAGGAGGGGACAGGAGGCAGCGCUUCGAGACCGAGCCCCCCUGAGCCAGCAGCGCCGGCUCAGACAGGCCACCCAGUUCCUGCACAAGGACUCUGCCGACCUGCUCCCCCUGGACAGCCUCAAGAGGCUCGGCACCUCCAAGGACUUGCAGCCGCACAGUGUGAUCCAAAGACGCCUGGUGGAGGGAAACCAGAGACGGUUUCAGGGGGAGUCUCCCCCCGCGCAGGCCCCGAUUCACAGCCAGGAGAGCAGGAGGAAGACCAGCAAGACACAGAUUCCUGCUCUUCUGGUGAACUGCAAGUGCCGAGACCAGGAGCUUCGGGUGGCCGUGGACACAGGCACCCAACACAACCAGAUCUCGGCUGGGUGCCUCAGCCGCCUGGGGUUAGGGAAGAAGGUCCUCAAAGCCCCAGGUGGGGACGUGGCACCUGGGCCCCCCACGCAGGUGGAGCAGCUGGAGCUACAGCUGGGCCAGGAGACGGUGGCCUGCUCAGCCCAGGUUGUGGAUGUUGAGAGUCCUGAAUUCUGUCUUGGACUGCAGACUCUGCUUUCUCUCAAGUGCUGCAUCGACCUCGAGCAUGGAGUGCUGCGGCUGAGGGCCCCCUUCCCAGAGCUGCCCUUCCUGCCUCUAUACCAAGAGCCUGGCCAGUGA